AACUACUUAACUUUACAGUGGCUAUCUCUCAAAGGGAUCGUUUGGCCAGUGUGGUGCCACAGGUUGUUCUUUGCAGGUAGUGUGAAUACAGUGUGCUACAUUUCUCAUCCCUGCGAGGGGAGAGAUGAAGUCAGUCCGCGGAUGAGGACUGUAUUUUUGUCUUACUGAGCGUGUCUGUGCGAGGAUUUGUGAUUGGAGGAGGUAGCCUGUGUGUUGGCACUUGGCGCUUUUUGUCCCUGCGCACUGGAGGCUCUCCCCUCACCUCCCCGCUGUGUUUUGGUGCUCGGCGCUCACACCUGAAGUGACAGAGGGGGUGGGGAGGGAGAGAGUGGAGCUCGGAGCUGUGAUGAAGGCAGCGCACAGAGCUGCUGCUCAGCCUGAUUCUCCUGUAAAAGCGAUUGCACGGCACAUUUGGAGAGCAAGUCCGAGGGAAAAUAUCCUACGGGAGGGAGGGGAGGGAGAUGCGCGCAUGUGAUAGGCUUUGGACGUUUCCAUUUAUACCAGGCGGACUGGGAAUUGAAUCUCUCCAUCGGGAGCUGCGUUUUUAAAAGAAAUCACCGGUGACUGGCGUUUUUCAAACAUUGCACGCCUCGUCCGUCGCCCUGCGGAUCGUCACAGCACCAUGCGAGCAGGAGAGACGCGCCCUGUGCCAUGCUGAACAACUCUCCGACUCUGCUGCUGGCUCUGACCGCGGUGGCCGGACUUCUCCAGCGAUGUCAAGGCUGGAGCGACGAGGACCUCCUCCUGCCGCCCAUCAACUCCUCCAACAGGUUCCUGGCCAACCUGGAGGUGGACGUGCGCUUCUCCAAGAGGUCCGUGGAGGAGAGCGAAGCCUCGCCCGACGCCUCCUCCCUGCAGACCCUGUCCCAGUGCAACGUGAGCGUCCAGAGACUCCUGCCCACCUCGCUGGUGGCCCGCUGGGACAGCAGCUUUGGCUUCCAGUGUGACGUCCUCAUCUACACCACCAACAACCACGGAAGGGCUUUUUUCUCCGCGUCUUUCAACAGGGCGAUCUCGCCCGUCGUCAUCGAGCACCUCGGGGUCACCGGGGGUCAGCAGGAGUUGCGGCUGUGCGUGGGCUGCGGGAUGUCCCGGUACCGGAGGUUCGGUCAGGGCAGGUCGAGGGGCCAGCAGAGCGGGGAUCAGGUGACUUUCUGCUGCGUGGAUUUCAGCCUCGACGAGCUGAAGGGGGACAAAAGUUGGAGGCUGAACAGAAAGCCCAUCGAGUCGACACUUGUGGCUUGUUUCAUGACUUUGGUCAUCAUCGUGUGGAGUGUUGCUGCUCUCAUAUGGCCGGUCCCGAUCAUUGCAGGAUUUCUGCCUAAUGGGAUGGAGCAGAGGAGACCGAGAUAAUUGAAAUAAUCUCCAUAUUAAUUAGCCUGUGCUGCCUAUACUAUAAUUGUAGCCAUUCAACUGUUCACAUGAAUGAAUGAUUGCGGGGGUUUGGAGAACUUUUUGAUCAACUGCUUUAGGUUGGGGUGUUCUUUAACCUUUUUAAUAGACCUCCUCCUCAUUAGGACAACCAAGGUAAUGUAUGAAAACUUACACUAGCCAAUUGUAAUCUAUAUUGGGACCAACACCAAUGUGUUUUGUAUACCCUAGUAGGCCUUCCUAUAGAUUAUGUCAGCGUAAACUGUGCAAACUUUUCUCUUUAAACUGUGUUUGUAUAGUUUUUAACCUUUCUAGAAAGUUUUUGCCUUAUAUCCCAUGUGUAGGACUUUUGCACUGAGAACUUUAAGGUGUGCCGUCACAUACAGUAUACAGUUAUAACCUAUAGUCAUGUUCAGAGUAAGUGUACUAAUAGGCUUUUUUCCAGUACAUUCUGAAACAUAGAUGUUGUUUAUGAUCGACAUAGAGAGAGUUUCAAUAUUUAUAUUGUUAGAUUUCUAAUGUCAAGUUCAUUCGUGCUUAUUUGUAUUAAUGUUUAAAUGCAAAUAAAAUUGAUUAUAGGCUAUAUCUCUGAACUGUUCUCUGUAGCCUAAAUCAAUUUGCUUCACGCUUACUUCAGGCGAAUGCAGUUUCAAAAUGUUUUGAGCCCACAAUGUCAAACACUUUAAGUCUUUGAGAACUGACUCUGACAUGAUGAGAUGCACCUUUAACUUGUGGCCACAGGGCUCCUCUGCAGCUGCCUUCAUACCUUCUAGUUAAUAAAUUGUGAAAACAGUGUUAGUCAGUCUUUUAACACAAGUUAUUGUUUUUAUGAUGUUAGUGCUUGAAUUAAUCCAUCCAACAUAUGAUCAAAUAAUAAAACAACAACAAUAACGAUUCCAUAAUUUCACUAAUUACCUCAGUUUUUUAGGUGAAUGUGUGGAAUUAUUACGAGUGAAAUGUACUUUAAUAUCUAUCUGCUAUCAGAGCGUUAAUUUAUUGCUGAGCAGUAUUUUGAUGUUAAUGUUGCCCCAGCUGGUUCUAAGUACUUUACAUACAGUUGUUUAAUCUACAUCAAUUCAUAAACAUUCAUCAUACUGCAAAAUUCUGUACAUCAUCUCUUCUUUUUAAUGGCCAAUGUAGAGAAAGGAUUUGGAGAAUUCCUCCUUAUCUGAUGUUUUAGCACUGUUACAUGAAUGCCUCCAGACACAAAAUUAAAGAAGGUUUUACCACACACAACCUGUCUUCAUUU